CCGCCCCCUGGCCCCGCACAUCCGCGUCCGGAGGCGCCGAUGGGCGGAGCCAGCUCGGCCCGUCGCGCCGCGGAUCUGCCCUCGCCCUCCCGCGGGCCGCGGCCUGCCAUGACCAGCAUCGGGGACCUGCCCGAGGACGUGCUGGUGGAGCUGCUGUCGCUGCUGCCCGCCCGGGAGCUGCUCCGCACCUGCCGCCUGGUGUGCUCGCAGUGGCGCUACGUGGUGGACCUGAACACGCUGUGGAAGCGCAAGUGCCAGCGCGACGGGUUUUAUCGUCAGAGCUAUGACAGGAGCAUCUCGGACUGGAAGAUCUUCUAUAUGCUCUGCCACAUGAAGAAAAACUUACUCAAAAACCCUCGUGCUGAAGAGAACUUCCAGCACUGGACAAUUGAUGCCAAUGAAGGAGAUAAGUGGAAAAUUGAGGAUCUGCCUGGAGCUCAUGGAAGUCAUAUGUCAGACCCCAGAGUACAAAAAUACUUUGUCACUUCAUAUGGGCCAUGCUUCAAGUCUCAAAUCAUUACCCUGGAUAAAGAAGGCUACUGGAAUCAGCUGAUGGAUGAGAUACGGCCUGAAAUUACAGUCAAGGACUGGUACGCUGCCAGGUUUGACUGCGGGUGCCGCUACGAGCUCACCGUGAGGCUGCUCUCCAAGGACUGGAUCUGCCUGCAGGAAUUCCAUCCUGAGCCAGUGGUCAUUGAGCAGUGGAGUGAUGCCCAGUGGAGAGAGAUUUCCCACACCUUCCAGAAUUACCCAGCAGGAGUUCGUCACAUCUGGUUCCAGCACGGAGGCCAGGACACCCAGUACUGGGCAGGCUGGUAUGGGGUGCGUGUGACAAACAGCAGCAUCACCAUUGGGCCCCCCAGCUCGCUGUGAGGCACUCUGGAAGGGUUUGCUUUUACCUCAGGACUGGAACCAAGUGGCCUCAGGUGCACUGUCUGCCUGUUCUGUCUGGGUGUGUCCUAGCUUUGUCUUGCAGCUCAUAUUCACAGUAGAAUUCAGCAGGCCCAGCCUUUUGGGAGGGUGUUCUGUCUUCAUCUUCCAUUCUCUUCUACCAUGGAUGCUACUCCAGUUACUGGUGCCCUUCCAGAGAAGAACUGGGACAAUUAAAUAUGAGAUCUAUCUUUUCUAGUUAAUACAUUAUUAUGCUAACACACAGAGACUUAAAGACACUUUCAUGUUUAUGGAAUAUAGGAAAGAUAAGGCUAAAAUGCUUAAUUUCAGAUUAUAAAUGGUAUCUACAAGGACUCUGCCACAGCUUGUCUUGUAUGGUAUUUUCUCUCCUGUUUCAGUGUUAAGAUUUAUGACCUGCAUUAGACCUUUCAUAGCAUCAGGAAAUUGUCACCCCUUGUCCCUAAGUGCUGUGUCACUGGUAGUGAAUUCCUUACCCUUUCUCUAAGUGUGUAUGAUCAAAAUGAUCCAAAACAGUUGCUUGGUGUUUGAAUAAACAGGUAGAGAAAGAGGAGGUAAGAAGUCCCUUCAGGCAGCUGCCUAACAACACAAGUGCCUUUUGAUUGUGCUGGGCUUUUCCCACAUCACCUUUGGUUUAUACUGAGCAGUGUAACCCAAUAUAAAAUGUUAAAGCAGUGUCCAGACUUAUCUAUAAUGUUCCUACACUUGUUGCUUGGAGGAAGCAGGAGGUGCUGGACAGGCUAGCAUACUAAAUUCUCUGACAGACAAGCUCAGCUUGUUUGAACUGUGUCUCCCACCCUUAUAUACCCAGAGCUGAUGUAAAGAACAUGUUCCAUCUCCUCUGACAGGUGCAGCAUUAUAAGUGCUUUCCUUGCUUAUUCUCAGUUAGGAAUAGGAUACUUGGCAGGUGUCCUUGCUGGACAGACAAAUUCCACAUUGCUAAUGCCACCUCUGAGUGAGAGGGGAGAGACCGAGGUUGUACAGCCUUUCAUAGGAACUGACAGAGUCCACAUACAGGCCAGAAAAGAAAAUAAAAAUACUUCUUUGCUGAAGAAGGGAGACUGGUUUUGACAGAACUCAGCCCAGUUCAACUGGGGUAAAACUUGGUAUUUAUUGAAGACUGCUUGGGAUGGUCACAGUGGACAGACACUACAUAAGGCCUCACUCCCCCUUAGCACAAGUGUUGCUCUCGUGGACUGUGUGACAGCUCCUAGCUGUCUGUCACUGCCUGUGUGCAAUGGAGCUGCCCUUUCCAGGUGAGAACUGGACUGGUAAUAAAGCACUGACUCCCCAGGGAUGCACUGUAUCAACACCUGUGCUCUCACACAAGUCAAGAUGGGAGCAGGCUCUGGCUCCCCAUUCCAAGUCAGUUCUUUAUACAGUGGUAAGAGCACUUGAAAUAAAGAGGCAGCAGCUGCUCUACAUUCACCCAGAAGGCCAGCUGAAGAGAUGGUUAUCAAGAUACAGUUUGUGACAGAUCUUACUCCACUGGAAGAUCAGAUGAAGCUUGAAGGCAAGGAAGAUUUGAAAUCAGGUGCCUUUGUGAGCUCGCUCUUCUACGUAGAGCUGCAUCUGGAAAGAGAAAUAAGGAACAGUCCUGUUGGUACACAGUACUUUUGGCCAGAUCCCCAGUCUGAGCUCACCUUCUCCAGCAGAGGCUUCACACAGUGCAGUGUGUCCUGGAUGUACUGGUUCAGCUCAGGGUGGCAGGACAUCUGCAGCAAACACAGGAAGAGUCAGAGCUGUGUUGGACAUGAGCCAGGACAAUGCUAAAAUGCAAGAUUUAAACAGAAGCACCAGUGUGUACAAGGAACUCAAGUCAUGCUCCAAAUAGUGCUGGAAAAUGCUGAGUUGCCCAUUCAAAUCAGCAAUUCUUUCAGGGAAGGGUUAACCAGCUGGGGCAGAUCACUGCACCCAUGCAGCUGUUGUGUACCUGGAAUGGAUACCCAGAACAGCUUGUUGGGAAUAGCAGAUUCCAACCACCCCUAAUUCCUAGUGAACAUCAUCCUGUCACCUCACUGCACAGAGCUGGGGCAGCCUUCACUACUGUUAUCUAUGACCUGCUUGUCCCAUGAGCACUUUUUAUGUCCUCUCUUAUGACAGAAACUAAGCUCUCCUCAAAAAUAAAUGCAUUAAACAAUCA